UUACUGCCUUCGUUUGGUGUCUCAGGUGCCGGAAAGUGACUAGAAAACGCAAAAAAAAACACACACACACACACUUUUUCUCAGAGAGAGAAAAAAUUAAGAAGAAGAAAUUCGAAAGAGGAGUUUAAAUCUCCACGCUUAUCUCAUCGCCCAGUCUCUAAUUCCGCUUUCUGCAGAUCUUCUCCUGGAAUAUCUGAUUUUUUUUAAUUUAAUUUUAUUAUUAUCUAAACAGUUCGUUCCUAUUUUCUUGUUGAUUCCUCUCUCUCUCUCUCGAUAUGAAUUUCUAUCUUUAACUCAUUUCUUCUUCCUUUGGGUUUUCGAUUUAUUAGCAACUCUUCAAUUCUCCAUUAGGGUUUUUGCUUUCGGUGGGAAAUUUUUUUUUUUUUUUGACAGAAUCGGAGGUGAAAGUGUUGUUCGAGAUUCAGUCAGAGAGUGGUAGGGGCAGUGUUAGAAUGAUAUAUGAAACAGAGGAGGCAAGAUGGGUAAAGUUCGCCAUGAUUCAGGAGGAUCAGGCGAUGAUUUUGCAAUAGACAAAAACUUUCACAAAGGCCCUUGGACAUCGGCUGAAGACCAACUUCUGAUCGCUUAUGUCGACAAACAUGGUGAUGGUAACUGGAACGCUGUUCAGAAACACUCUGGCCUUUCUCGCUGCGGCAAAAGCUGCCGCCUCCGCUGGGUGAAUCACCUUAGGCCUGAUUUAAAGAAAGGCUCUUUUACCGACAAGGAAGAGCAGCGUGUCAUCGAGCUUCAUGCUUCCAUGGGUAACAAAUGGGCACGAAUGGCUGCUGAACUACCUGGUCGCACGGAUAACGAGAUCAAGAACUUCUGGAACACGAGAGUUAAGAGACUGCAGCGACUUGGCUUACCGAUUUACCCUGACGAAGUUCGUGAGCAAGCCUUGAACGCCGCAGCACAGAAUGGUCAUAACACUGACUCGUUGGACGGUCAUCAUAGUCAAGAGUCUUUGGAGCUGGACUGUCUCGAGAUCCCUGAAUUUGAUUUCAAGUACUUACAACUCAAUGGUUGCUCCUCUUUCUACCAGUCGUUGCUUAGCAGUGUUCCCACGGGUAACCAGAUGAGACAGAAUCCUGCCUUAUUUCAGCCUAAUAAUAUCUACAACGUGAUAGAUUCUUCUUACCAACCGCCUCCUAACCGCAAACGCGUCAGGGAAUCAGAAACCGCGUUUCCUCCUUACACUGGUGGUUAUGCUGUGAGCGACCAGGUUUGGAACUAUCCAAGCACUCCAGGACAGUUCAACGUUGCUGCACUCCAGGAUAGCCAUUUUCUUGGCGAUGCUACUACUACUACUACUACAUAUUCUUCUCCUUCUGAGCCUCUCCUUCACGGCGGGGCUGAGAAGUUGGAGCUCCCUUCAUUCCAAUGUUUUGACACUCAAGACGAGCCUGGCGAUUGGGAAACACAACACCCAAUGCAGGCACUUGAGUCAGACAACACUUUAGUCAUGUCCCCUCUGACAGACCAGACACCAUCCGAUUGUCCAUCUUCUUUCUGUGAUGGAUUGUUGGAAUCAGUUGUCUAUGGAUCAUCAGGGGAAAAACAGACGGAUCCAGAUUCCCCGCUGCUUCAUCAGUCCUCUCUACUUGACCAUAUCGAGAUAACACCAGCCACUGCAAACACAGCAGGACACAACUCCAAUGCUGAAACCGAUUUGGUUCAUUUUGCUCCAACUUCCUCAAAUGAGAGACGCACAUCCUUUGAGAGCGGUGAUUGGAUAAGACAACUUCUUGGUGAGGAUAGGGACUACACCAAGUAGAAGAGGAUUCUCUCGAUGGCAUUAUGCAUAAACAGCUCUCUCUCACUUCUGAUCUCUGACUCACUCUGGAGUAGAUUAGUCUGUCUUUACAUGUGUCCGUACUGUGGCUACAAAAAUAACGACCUGUUAGUUUCUUAGUCGCUUUUAUAAGCAAGCUUUAUGGCUGCACGAGAUUAUGAUAAGGAUUCUAAAGAUUUUUGAUCACGGCUUGAUGAUCAUGCCAAGCUAUUUUUGGAUCUCCA